GGGAGGAGGGCGAAGAUGGCGGCGCCGCCGCGCCGCUCCCAGCACCACCACCACCACCACGGGCCCCCGCCGCCGCCCGGGCCGGCCUCGCCGCCCGCCGCCGCCUCUCCGCCGCGCAGCCCCAGCCUCGCGCCGGCCGAGCUCGGCCCCGCCGCGCAGCGCCACAGCCUGGCCGGGCCCGAGGGCGAGGCUCCCCCCGACGCCGAGCGGCCUCCGGCCCCGGAGUGCUCCGAGAGCGCCGCGCCGGGCCCGCCGCCGGGCUCGGGCAGCAGCUCCGGCAGCUCGGCCUCUUCCUCCUCCUCCUCCUCGUCCACGUCGUCGUCGGUGGCGUCGAGCCCGGCGGCGGAGAGCCCUGAGGCGGCGGGCCCGAGCGGGGCCUUCCGCGAGCUGCUGGAGGCUUGCCGUAAUGGAGACGUGACGCGCGUCAAGCGCCUGGUGGACGCUGGCAACGUCAACGCCAAGGACAUGGCCGGCCGCAAGUCCACGCCGCUCCACUUCGCCGCUGGGUUUGGAAGGAAGGAUGUUGUAGAGCACUUGCUACAGACAGGAGCCAAUGUUCAUGCUCGUGACGACGGAGGGCUGAUACCCCUUCACAACGCCUGCUCCUUUGGUCAUGCUGAAGUGGUUAGUCUGUUGCUGUGCCAAGGUGCAGACCCUAAUGCUAGAGACAAUUGGAACUACACUCCUUUGCACGAGGCUGCUAUCAAGGGGAAGAUAGAUGUGUGUAUUGUGCUGCUGCAGCACGGAGCUGAUCCAAACAUUCGGAACACCGAUGGGAAAUCUGCGCUGGAUCUGGCAGACCCCUCUGCAAAAGCUGUGCUCACGGGUGAAUACAAGAAGGACGAACUCCUGGAAGCUGCUAGGAGUGGUAAUGAAGAAAAACUGAUGGCUUUAUUGACUCCUUUAAAUGUGAACUGCCAUGCAAGCGAUGGGCGCAAGUCCACCCCUUUACACCUAGCAGCAGGCUAUAACAGAGUACGAAUAGUCCAACUUCUGCUUCAGCAUGGUGCAGAUGUUCACGCAAAGGACAAAGGUGGUCUUGUGCCUCUUCAUAACGCAUGUUCAUAUGGACACUAUGAAGUUACAGAGCUACUACUUAAGCAUGGCGCAUGCGUUAAUGCAAUGGACCUCUGGCAAUUUACUCCCUUGCACGAGGCUGCUUCCAAGAACCGUGUAGAAGUCUGCUCCCUCUUGCUGAGUCAUGGUGCAGAUCCCACAUUAGUCAACUGCCAUGGAAAGAGCGCGGUCGAUAUGGCUCCGACACCUGAGCUAAGGGAGAGGCUGACCUAUGAAUUCAAAGGACAUUCUUUACUGCAAGCAGCUAGAGAGGCGGAUUUAGCCAAAGUAAAAAAAACACUUGCUUUGGAGAUCAUCAAUUUUAAGCAGCCACAGUCACAUGAGACUGCUCUGCACUGUGCUGUGGCCGCUGUGCAUCCCAAACGGAAGCAAGUAACAGAACUAUUGCUCAGGAAGGGAGCCAAUGUUAAUGAGAAAAACAAAGAUUUCAUGACACCUUUGCAUGUAGCGGCUGAGAAAGCUCAUAAUGAUGUCAUGGAAGUUCUGCAUAAGCAUGGAGCAAAGAUGAAUGCACUGGACACACUUGGUCAAACAGCAUUGCACAGGGCUGCUUUAGCAGGUCACUUGCAAACCUGCCGACUCCUGCUGAAUUAUGGCUCUGAUCCCUCCAUCAUCUCCUUACAAGGAUUCACAGCUGCACAGAUAGGAAAUGAAGCAGUGCAACAGAUUUUAAGUGAAAGUACACCUGUGCGUACAUCUGAUGUGGAUUACCGGUUGUUAGAAGCAUCCAAAGCUGGAGACUUGGAAACUGUGAAGCAACUUUGCAGCCCUCAGAAUGUGAAUUGUAGAGAUUUGGAAGGCCGCCAUUCAACACCACUGCACUUUGCUGCAGGAUAUAACCGCGUAUCAGUGGUGGAGUAUCUGUUGCACCAUGGGGCAGACGUGCAUGCCAAAGAUAAAGGCGGCUUAGUUCCCUUGCACAACGCCUGUUCUUACGGACACUACGAAGUAGCUGAACUCUUAGUGAGGCAUGGUGCUUCUGUCAAUGUAGCAGACCUAUGGAAAUUCACUCCUCUUCAUGAAGCAGCAGCAAAAGGAAAAUAUGAAAUCUGCAAACUGCUAUUAAAACAUGGAGCUGAUCCAACAAAGAAGAAUCGAGAUGGGAACACUCCUCUAGAUUUGGUGAAAGAAGGAGACACGGAUAUUCAGGACUUACUGCGAGGAGAUGCUGCUUUGCUAGAUGCUGCCAAGAAAGGGUGCCUGGCUCGAGUGCAGAAGCUGUGUACUCAAGAAAAUAUCAAUUGCAGAGACACCCAGGGAAGAAAUUCAACACCACUACAUCUUGCAGCUGGUUACAACAAUUUGGAAGUAGCUGAAUACCUUCUUGAGCAUGGUGCUGAUGUUAAUGCCCAGGACAAAGGUGGAUUAAUACCUCUACAUAAUGCAGCAUCCUAUGGGCAUGUGGACAUUGCAGCAUUGCUGAUCAAAUACAAUACAUGUGUAAAUGCAACAGAUAAGUGGGCAUUCACACCAUUGCAUGAAGCAGCACAAAAAGGAAGGACGCAGCUCUGUGCUCUGCUGUUAGCUCAUGGAGCAGAUCCAACCAUGAAGAAUCAAGAGGGUCAGACACCACUAGACCUGGCAACAGCUGACGAUAUCAGAGCUUUGCUGAUAGAUGCGAUGCCUCCAGAAGCUUUACCUACGUGCUUUAAGCCUCAAGCAACUGUUGUUAGUGCCUCCCUGAUCUCGCCAGCAUCUACGCCAUCCUGCCUUUCUGCUGCCAGCAGUAUAGAUAACCUCACUGGGCCGCUGGCAGAACUAGCGGUUGGAGGGGCAUCAAAUACUGGUGAUGGAGCAGCGGGAACUGAAAGGAAGGAGGGAGAAGUUUCUGGUCUUGACAUGAACAUUACUCAGUUCCUGAAAAGCCUUGGUCUUGAACACCUUCGGGACAUCUUUGAGACAGAACAGAUAACCCUGGAUGUGUUGGCAGACAUGGGACAUGAGGAGCUUAAAGAAAUAGGGAUUAACGCCUAUGGCCACCGACACAAAUUGAUAAAAGGUGUGGAGAGGCUUCUAGGAGGCCAGCAAGGUACCAAUCCGUAUUUAACUUUCCACUGCGUGAGUCAGGGGACUAUUCUCCUUGACCUUGCACCUGAUGAUAAGGAGUAUCAGUCCGUUGAAGAGGAGAUGCAAAGUACAAUCCGGGAGCACAGAGAUGGUGGAAAUGCUGGUGGGAUCUUCAACAGGUAUAAUGUCAUCAGGAUUCAAAAGGUUGUGAAUAAGAAGUUGCGGGAGAGAUUCUGUCACAGACAGAAGGAGGUCUCAGAAGAGAAUCAUAACCACCACAAUGAGCGCAUGUUGUUUCAUGGGUCUCCUUUUAUUAAUGCUAUCAUUCACAAAGGAUUUGAUGAAAGGCAUGCAUACAUUGGAGGAAUGUUUGGAGCUGGAAUUUACUUUGCAGAGAACUCUUCAAAGAGCAACCAAUAUGUGUAUGGGAUAGGAGGAGGAACAGGCUGUCCCACACACAAAGACAGGUCCUGUUACAUCUGCCACAGACAAAUGCUUUUCUGCAGAGUGACCCUUGGAAAAUCCUUUCUCCAGUUCAGUACCAUGAAGAUGGCACACGCCCCUCCAGGACACCAUUCAGUUAUUGGCAGGCCAAGUGUGAAUGGACUUGCAUACGCUGAAUAUGUUAUCUAUAGAGGAGAACAGGCAUACCCAGAAUAUCUUAUUACAUACCAGAUUGUGAAACCAGAAGCUCCCUCACAGACAGGAACAGCAGCAGAGCAAAAGACCUAGUAGCUACAGAGCAGUGAAGAAGGAUGUGACUUCAAUCUUGGACUGGGUGGAUAUGUGUUCGGGAUAUCAGUAUCAUAUAAAAUUCGUAAUCUGGAAAUAAACUGUAUGUCUUUUAUAAAGCAUUGCUGUCUUGAUGAAUAUGAUAAGAGUAACUCUUGCAUACUCAACUGCUAUAUUGUUCCUUUUGAGGAAGGUUUACAAGAGACUGCCUUUUAAUAAUGCAUCUCAGGCUCUUAGUCUCUACCAUUACCAUGUGCAAAAUAAUGUUGUUUUGAUCUAGACUUUGGGAACAUUGUGCAAACAAAUCUUUAUCAAGGCCAUCUCACAUGUUAAAAUUUCAGACACUACUGUUCUGCUUACUUUAUUUGCAGAUAAACUGCAUUAAGUCCAUACUUUUCCUUUCAGCAUGCAGCAUUCAUUUUAUCUUUUCAGAAAGUCUCAGUCAGCUAUUUAUUUUCCUUUUGUAUUCUGGAGUUGAGCCAGAACCUACUUAAAGAUAUUUUGCACAAAGUCAAGUUGACUAAAACCAUUAACAAUGCAAUAUCAAAUUCAUCUGAGAAGGGGCUAGGUCCAGUUCUUCAAGAUAGGGUUUUUUUUUGCACACCUCUGAGCAAACGAUACUAAUAUGUGAGUGUUACUUUAGAGUGGAAACAAAUCACGUUUCGGUUUGCUGAGUUGUCUGCAUGAGUUUUCUGGGGAAACCCAACAGAAGUGUCAAACCAGCUCUUGUGUUUGAAAGGACUUGAUACAGCAGGUCAAUGUCCUCUGCUGAUAUCUCUAAAAGAACAUUUUACAAGGCUGCUAUCAAGUGUGUGCAGUUUGUGAAAUGUUCUCCCCUAACAGUGGCAUACGGUUUUGUUGGGAGAUAGUUGAAAAGUCAGAAGACCACACGUGCAAGGAUGUAUCUGGGUCACAUCCCUCUAUAUGAGACACAGAAGAUGGUUUUCAGACUGGUAAAGAAGAAUGUGUUACAGCAGUUUUGUGUCACAUCUGUUUGACAUCAGGGUUGUUGAACAGCUUAAAUGGUUUACAAAAAUAAUUUUUUAAAAUAUGAGUUUUACAUCUUUAUGAGGAAAACUUUUGUAAAAAGAUCAGUUGGGAAGUCAAUUUGCUUGCAGGUAUACCAGAGGACAGAGCUGGGAUGUACUCAUCACCCUAACCCCCUUCCAUGCAAGUUCCUGGGUUUAUUUUGCUGCAUAGGAGAAAGUUAUAUUUCAGCAUUGCAUAGCACAGCAUCAGACAACUUCUGAAGUCUCCCUCAUGAACGAUACAGAUUUAACAAAAGUAUAAUUUCUUUUUUUUUUUUGAGUUGGUUUUACAACUUCAGAAAAGGUGAAAAUCAAGCCAUUAUUAGUUGUUUUGGUUUUGUUUUUAAACCAUCAAUAUGAGAUGUUUUCCAGCAUCGAGCACACAAUGGCUGGAGGUAAAAUGUUCCUUUGAACAGGCUGUCUGUUUCCCUAUCGACCGGCACUGCUGAGUAACUGAUGAUCCAGUUCAUGCAUUCCAGCUUUAUCACUCUAAGUGAGGGAAUGACACAAUACUAUGCUUUCAGUUUAUAAAAACAUGUACUCCCUGCCAGUGGGGUUUGCUCGGGGUGUUUGGACAAAACAGAGUUUUCACUUUCAGCUUUAAGACACAGAAUUUUCAUUUCUAGCAUUAAAACUUCAGUGUUGAAGCAAGUUAUCCUCCUGGAGGAAUUGCACCCAUUGUAAAAUCAGUCAUCUGAUGCGGUCUGGCUGCCUGCACAUCCACUCUGUAAUAUCUAUAAAGAAAACCUUAGAAAUAGCAAUACUGCAGCAGAUCUUGAGCUUUGGGUUUUAUUUCUCUCAAGCUGGCACUGGAUCUAUGGCUUGCACUUCAUUUUGUCACCUGAUGAAGUAAUCAGCUUUGCAGACCAAGCCAGGCUCUGGCCUAGUUGUCCUUUUAAUCAGACGUCAUUGACACAGUCGGGUGCUUGUAUUUUGGCUACUUGUUUAGUAGUGUUAGGAUUGCAGAGAUCACCACUAGGCUUUGAAGUUUUGUAUUCAUCAUUUAAGUUUGGGGUUUGUUUUUAAUUUAGUUAAGAAUGGAAUAGGGGAUGUGCCUAUCUACACUAGGGUUUCAGAUAGUGAUGAGAGUGAAUGUGGCUCGCCAUCCCAUUAGACAUAGAUUUCAGUGAUUAAAAAAAUGAAUUGUGCUGCAUAGAUGAGCAAAAUGGUUAAUGUGUGUGUGGAAGUUGAAAGCUUUACAUCUUUGAAAAACAAGAACAAACCUAAAAACAAAACCCCACCAGGCCCGCACCAGAUUUUGUUCUUGCUUGUUGUUUCCUGUGUGCUAAUGGAACAAAAUCUGGGUUUCUUCAGGAGCUGUGAAGUUCUGGAGUACGAAAAUACAGUGUUCGGUAUCUUGAAACUCCCCAUGUUACGUAUCUGAUGUUCUGUGCAGAGUAAAGGUGCUGUGUGAAGAAA